CUUUCGGACGACAUCACUGCCCAACACAAAAAAAUAUCGACUUACUCUGCCAAAAGUCUUUUGUUUUUACUUUUUGGAAGGAGAUUCAUUGUGCAUGAAGCCAAUUUAAAAGCACACAGCAUAAUUACUCCCCAAAAUGGCUCAACAAAUGAUUCAGAAUGACAUCGAACCCAUGCAGGUCGAUCCCCGACUACCACCCGAAUACAAUGAAAAUCAAGAGGAAGAAAUUUACUCGGUGGAAAAUCCAACAUUGGACAUUGAAGUUUAUGCGCAAUCAUACACCGGCUUAGCUAGACUGCAUCGUUUGAUUUACAUAGCGGAUCAUUGUCCCAGCCUUCGCAUGGAAGCUCUUAAAAUGGCCAUCGUUUACGUCACGAGCACAUACGAUGUGACCAUGUACCAAUUGUUGCACAAAAAAGUCGCAAAUUUAAAUGUAAAUGGAAAUGGUGGCCUGCCGGAUGUUGCUGCCCAAUCGAAUGUUCAGGAUAUGCCGCCCUACGAUCCAAUAUGGGUGGAAACUCGCACCAAAAAGGCUGCAUUAAAAUUGGAGAAACUGGACAACGAUCUGAAAAACUACAAAUCAAAUUCAAUCAAAGAAAGCAUUCGUCGUGGUCAUGACGAUUUGGGUGACCACUAUUUGAGUUGCGGCGAUUUACCGAAUGCAUUGAAAUGUUAUUCACGAGCCCGUGAUUACUGUACCAGUGGCAAACACAUUGUGAACAUGUGCCUGAAUGUGAUUAAGGUGUCAAUAUUCUUGGAGACGUGGUCUCAUGUCUCCAGUUAUGUGGCUAAGGCGGUUGGAACGCCGGACUUUAGUGAAGGAAAUAGCAAAGACGUGAAUCAGUUAACGUUUACCAAAUUGAAAUGCGCCGCUGGUCUGGCAGAUCUAGCCACUAAGGAUUACAAAGCAGCAGCCAAACACUUCUUACAAGCCAGUUUCGAUCACUGUGAGUUCCCCGAUAUGAUUUCACCAAAUAAUGUCGCCAUGUACGGCGGCCUUUGUGCACUAGCCACAUUCGAUCGGCAGGAAAUGCAGAAGCAUGUCAUCUCAAGCAGUGCAUUCAAAUUGUUCUUGGAACUGGAACCACAAUUGCGUGAUAUUAUCUUGAAAUUCUACGAAUCAAAAUAUGCAUCGUGUUUGAAGCUGUUGGACGAAAUACGGGACAAUUUACUGUUGGACAUGUACAUUGCACCACAUGUCAAUGCACUGUACACGAAAAUACGGAACCGAGCGUUGAUACAGUACUUCAGUCCAUACAUGUCGGCAGAUAUGCGCAUCAUGGCUACGGCAUUCAAUCGAACAGUUGGUGCAUUGGAAAAUGAAGUGAUGCACCUGAUUCUGGAUGGACAAAUUCAAGCACGCAUCGAUUCGCACAAUAAAAUUUUGUAUGCAAAAGACACCGAUCAGCGAAGUCACACGUUUCAGAAGGCUAUCAAUAUGGGUAAAGACUACCAGCGCCGUACGAAGAUGUUAAUUUUGCGAUCAGCUAUGCUGAAGAAGCAGAUAUUGGUGAAGAGUCAACCCCGUGAGAGUGUCAAUCACACCUCGGACAUCUGUUACUCCGCUGCUGGAUCGAGUUCGAACUGUGGUCACUGUCGACCAUAAGCGAAAUUUUGUGUAUAUCGAAAAGCAUUUGAAAGAUUACAUGUUCAUUAUACUAAUAAAAACCGCGGAAUUCUCUGUAA